GCUAGACAGUGGCAUACGAAGGUCUGCUUAACCAUUCACGUGCACAGUACCAAUCUACCGUAUACAUCUGUUGCUUGCUUUUCUGGUCCAUUGUUUUUUCCAGUCACUUGUGCAUCUUACGCCGGUACCCAAUUGCUGAUCUAGAAACCACCUGUGUUUGCCUGUCACGUUCCUUUCCGUGUAUAGUCACCACCCAGACAGAGUACUGCGCCUGGAAUAGACCCAGAACUGAACCCGUGGCGCUUAACCAUUCACAAGCAUGACUAACUUUAGUCCCAAAUCCCGAUCGAACCUCUGGAGAGGCCCGGUAUAUCUCUCUCUCCUUUCGCUCGGUGCCCUACUAUUUUUCAUCUACCAGAAGCUCGCCUCUGGCCGCUACACCCCUAACUUUGCUGCCCACGAGGGCGUUGAGUUCUACGACUUGCUAGACUCCGUCGGUUCUGACGACGGCUGGCAGCGCGAGGAACGUGUGCUUUUUUGUGUGCCUCUCAGAGACGCCGAGGCCCAUUUGUCCAUGUUCUUCGGACACAUGCGCAACUUGACCUACCCGCAUCACCUCAUCGAUUUGGCCUUCUUGGUUUCUGACUCUUCCGAUGACACCAUGGGUGCGUUGAAGCGUAACCUCCAGGCCGUACAGACCGACAAGGAUAGCCGUUUGCAUUUCGGGGAGAUUGAGAUCUUUGAGAAGGAUUUUGGCCAGUCCAUCGGCCAGGGUUUCUCCGACAGACAUGGUUUCGCGGCCCAGGGCCCGAGACGUAAGUUGAUGGCGCGCGCCAGAAACUGGUUGUGGUCCGUUUCCGUGAAGCCGCAGCACUCUUGGGUCUACUGGAGAGACAUUGAUGUGGAAACUGUGCCGCCAACCGUGUUGGAAGACUUGAUGCACCACGGCAAGGAUGUCAUCGUGCCGAACGUGUGGAGGCCGUUGCCAGACUGGUUGGGCAACCAACAACCAUACGACUUGAACUCGUGGCAGGAGUCUGACGGUGGGCUUGCUUUGGCCAACACCUUGGAUGAAGAUGCGGUGAUUGUCGAAGGCUAUGUCGAAUACGCCACCUGGAGACCGCACUUGGCGUACUUGCGUGACCCUUACGGCGACCCAGAAGUGGAGAUGGAGUUGGAUGGGAUCGGUGGUGUGUCCAUCUUGGCCCGUGCUGCUGUUUUCCGCUCCGGCUCGCAUUUCCCUGCCUUUUCGUUUGAGAAGCACGCCGAAACCGAGGCGUUCGGAAAGAUGUGCAAGCGUAUGGGCUUUUCCGUCAUCGGGUUGCCCCACUACGUCAUCUGGCACAUCUACGAGCCGUCGUCCGACGACUUGAAGCAUAUGGAGUGGAUGGCCCAGGAGGAGGUCAGACAGGAGGAGGAGAAGAAGUCCAAGGAGUUGUACGCGAAGGUCUGGGGUUCUGGCUUCGAAGACGCCAAGGAUGAGUGGGAGAAGGAGAAGAAUAAGAUCUUGCGUAACGCCGACUUUGCCGACAGAAAGAAAAUUGUCGUAGAUUGGAGUGGAGCUGACGAUUUCCCGGAACAGCCUCCGGGUAAGUUGGCAGGGUUUGACCCCAAGGCGUAGAUCCCC